AUGCUGAGCCUUUCCUCGUUGCAGAUUCCACCAACGAGUAUCUUCGAUGGUGUUAAUCUAUACCUGGAAAAGGAGAAAGUGAAAUUUCUCUUUGGUGCGGCUGCAUUGUUCAGUAGUAAGCGGCCUACUCAUUCAGCUGGCAUCGCAGCCCAGGGCGUUGCAAGGAUCGUAUCUGAACCAGACUUUCCUCUUUGUGAGUUCUUUACUCCCGGGCGAUCUUUCAACGUUUGCCUUCGCCACGCCACUCUUAAAUCCAUAGAUGAUGCGAUGCUGGAUUUCAUGGGCGCCUCAAUAAGAUUUGCUGAUAGUGAUAAGGAAGACAGUCCCUUGGAUAUUAUCAUGUCCACAGGGAGGACAGCCGUCUUGACCAAUGUACCGUCGAUUCAUGACGCACUUAAAGCUAAUCGAAGCGGUAACUUGAAAGAGUUCUACAUGGGUAGUCCUGAUCGGUAAGACGAUAAGCUUAUUUUUCAUUAAAAAGAGACAACUUAAGACUUCAAGAAACGUUUAAUAAGAUUUUUGGUCUCAGGUUUAACUUGUAUACUUGUUCUCUACAACUGCCAUAGAACCGGCAGACACAGUGGGCUAACUGGACACUUAGGCUAAUCUAUAUAACCUACAUCGAAUCUAAAUACGUAACUACAGUAAGGGAGCCUGUUGGCAACACCUUUGUGGGAUACCAAGACCAGUGAUAAGGUAAGCCUCCCCUCUAUCCUCUCAUCUUCUCAGAUUUCCCUAUCUAAGCUAGUACCAAUCUGUAAGUUCGUCUUGCUUGGCUGUAAUGCAUUUUGAAUGGGUGAAAUUAGAGUUAAAUUUCUAGAUGAAAAUAUUUAAACGACUUCAUUGGCUUGUGGCUACAACCCAGGGAGCCGGGAUCAGUAAUUUCAGUUAUAGGAAAACGUUGGCCUUUGGGUGCGGAGAAUUUUACAACCUUACCAGUGAGCGCUAGACAGGGAAUGCGGAAUUUACAUUGACUGGUGCCAUUGUUGAAUGUCCCUGACACACAAAAAUCUUUGAAAAGCGUCGGGAUAGCUCUAAACUGGGCGAUUUUUACUCGUGAUCUGGAGUAAGGCGCUAAAGGCGUCCAUCCCCGAAGAUAUUCGUGUAAGGAAAAAUACUGUACUUCACAGCUUCCUUCUUUUGUUUUUUCAAUAAUAGACUAGCUAGUAACUUAGACGGUCUGCGCCGUGCACCAAAUUCAUUUUACGACCAGCGGUAUUACACGGGAUUAAUCUUGGGCUUCAAAGCGUUUGAUGGUAUUGAGCGUUAUGCCAGAUUUCGACUGAUUCCAGCGGACGGGUCUGUGGAAACCGGUUUGCUGUCAGAAGAUGAUCAAAGAAAUGUUUGGUAAGUUUAUAUAUCCGCCACAGACAUUCUUUCUCUUUUGACUACACGUAUGAAGUCACACUCUUAAAAAUGCGUUCUUUCACACGGGCCCUGAUCGUUUACAAACAUAGUUCAUGGUUUGUAUUUUCUACGGUAAGCCGUUAAAUCCUUACCUUUAAGUGUGAAGACAGACCACGGGCGGACGAUUACUGUCAAACUCAGAAAACAGUGAACAGCUGAUAAAUUUUAGGAAUGUUUAUCGUGUAGUGACCAAUCCCAAUAAAGUUCUAGCCUGAGAUCAUGCCCUCUCCCUAUUAUCCCUUUAUGUCUCUCACGGGAAGAGGGCGUUAUUUUUUUUCCCUCUCGAGCCAAAGAAGCAAAGAAGCAAAAAAUAAUAAUAAUAACGCCUGAUCUCAGGUUAAUAAAGUUCAGGACACGCCAGCAAACCACAAAACCGUCAUAAACUAAUUACCGUUGCUGUUUGCCGUAUUGGCUUUCUCCUCGCAGCAAAAUAACUUUCCAUAAAUAUUUCUGCUGUUCACGGUUUUGUGAGUUUCACAGUAAAUCCAUCCAUUCAAUUAAUUCAUUUGAUUGAUACAGGGAAUUAGGAAACAUAUUUAACAAUUUUUAACAAUUUAUCCAAGCAAACCUUUUCGGAUAAAUGUUUCCAGAAUUAACAUGCAAAAUUGCUCCGUUAGUCCUUGAGACCCAUCGCGAGAAGGUCGAUUCGAACUUUCUUAAAAUGUUCUUAUGACUUUCUUUGUUGAAGGGAGUACAAGAGACUCCCAUCGGAGAAUAGAGCAAAAGAUUAUCUGAAGGAAGAGUUCAAAGAGAGAGUUUCUCGCGGACUAAUCAAGUACAAGCUUCAAUUGGCGCUCCACGAGGCUCAAUCAUCCGACCCACCAGACAUCCUGAAUAUCGGGAGAUACUGGAACGAGGCUACCCAUCCCUGGUUAGACCUUGCUGACGUCACACUGACUGCUCUCCUUCCCCCGAAUGUCUCCGAGAGGUUCAUGUUUAACGUCGGUAACCUACCCGACUCACUUUACUUGCUACCAGCUCACGGUAUUCACCAUUCUAACUGCAUAGCUCACAUAAGAAAUGAGGUAUACGCAAGGACCCAGAGAAUUCGAUUGGCAAGGAGUUCAAAGGUUGAGCCAGAUCACGUGGCCACAUACAUUAUCAGCGUGGAGACUGGUUCCCAGUUAAGAGCAGGAACUAAUGCGAAUAUUUCUAUAUCGCUUACAGGUAUAUAAUUCAUUUGCUCUCAACGUACCUUAAAAGUAAUUCAUGUUUACCCUGUACAUCGCCCUUUUACGACAUCUAGCUUGGCCAUCGUUCUGGAUGACAUCAUGGAAAAGAAAAGCGAUCACGCAUAAUAUAAUAUAUAAAUAUAUAUAUAUAUAUAUAUACAUAUCAUGUUCUGUAUCUCAUCACACAAAAGUUUAAACUACACGAUAAGGUUACAAAGUGUUUUGAAGUUCACAUCCAGUGUCGUCACCUUAUAGCAGGGAGAAGGUGUGAUUUAGAUUACACAAGUGUACUUGUCUUAGCACUGUUUGGUAAGUAGGAUGCCAAAUGAUCUAAAAACUAAAAGUAGUAUGUUAGAGUACAUGGUAUUCUAUAAUCUGAAUACUAUGCAGUAUUAUUAUUGAAAAUAAAGAACCGCUGUAUAGGAGAAUUUUACUUUUUCGUAGGUGUACGGUAAGCCUAGCUUCUAUUUUCAGUUUUUGUUUUCAAAGAAUUUUCACCAGAAUUCAGCAACUUCGUGUUGUACGCUUGCUCUUGCUACAUAUAUACAUGACAUUUUUUUUGCGAAUGUUAACUUUUCCCAACAAGCACAUUUCAAAUUUCUGAAAUUGCACAACGUUUUAGGAACCAGAGGGAAAACAGAGAGGCUUUGUUUAAAAUCUUGGAGCAAUGACUUUGAAGCUGGGCACACAGAUGAGUACGCCGUGGAAGCCAUGGAUGUUGGAGAGGUUCUGAUGAUCCAUCUUUACAACGAUGGUGCACAUUCGUGGUACAAGAAUCCUGACUGGUUCGUUAACAAGAUCACUGUAACGAGCUCAAAGCAGCCGAUAGCCUUUGAAUUUCCUUGUUAUCGCUGGGUGGUAUCCGACAUGACUGUUAUUCAAGGAAAAGGUACUAUCCAAAAAAUGCCACACCCUUUAAAGGAUCAUUUAUAUCUGUUCAUUAGUUUAGAAACUAAAUGUAAAAAUAUCGUAAGGGAAUUAGCACCCGGGGAACUUACUUUAUGAGUCGAGAGGAUGGCGCUUUUAUCGUUCUCGAAUUUCAGCCUCAAUGUGAUCUUUGCUUCAUUACAAUUUAACUGCGAAAUAAAACGCGACUAAACAGGAAAACUGUAAGAUGUCCUUCUGAUAAGUAGAUAUAAAAGUUUGUGUACGUGGUACAUACAGCUUUGAUUGGCUUUCAACGUCCUGUUGUUAUCUAUCCUCAAGCACUGACUGUCGUCAUAGAAGCCACUUCUUUAACUUGAAUCAUUCUCCGGUGAUUGCAGUACAUUAAGUUCUAGUUACUCCUUUUUGGGGGCAGAAAUCUUAUUAACUUGCGAAGAAUAGAUUAACACCGACGACGUCAUAACCUCUUUCUCGAGCCCAGGUCUCGGUAAGCGAUCCCUGCUAUAUACGUCUCUACAAAGAGGUGAAGGCGGUGGCGCAAAUUCCAUUUUUAGAAGCACAACACUAUUUAGAUCGAAUCACCGCAGUAAACGUAUUCAGCAUUCCCUUGAUUAAUGAAAGAGUCACGUAUUGAAAGCACAUGUCUCAUUGUAAGAGUAGGAAUCGUUUAUAAAUUCUUUUCUAGUUUAACUUUUUGUCCUUCCCAGCUCUUCUUCCAUUUCAAGACCAACCAGAAGCCAUAAGGUGCCAGCGAGUUCUUGAGGUACAGCAACGAAAAGAGCAGUAUCUUUGGGGACAACUUCCCCCUGGUAUAAAUGAUUUGCCAGGUUUUAUUCACGCCCCUAAACAUGCUGAUCUACCUCGAGAUGCACAGUUCUCGGACGAAGAAUCCCGUUCAUUUAAGCAUGGUAGUAUUCGCGGGCUUGUGAAUCUUGGUCUUUCCUAUCUUCUCACUCUUUUCGAGAGCUGGGACAGCCUCGAUUGCUUUAAGAAUAUCUUCACCGGCUGGACAGGCGAUGUACCUCGCAUUUCUCAGAAUGAUCUGUGGAUGGAGGACAGAAUUUUUGGCCAACAGUUCCUCAGUGGCUGCAACCCAUGCGUUAUUGAACGGUGCAAAGAAUUGCCAAGCCACUUCCCGGUCACAGAUGAAAUGGUAAAAAACUUCCUCGACCGAGGAAUGACAUUGAUUGAAGAAAUAAAGGUAUGGAAUAGGUUGCGAGGGCCAGCUCUCUAAUUUUACUAAAUUACCGCCCAGCUGUGUAAAAAAAAUCUCACAACAACAGAACUAUCUUCAGUUAACUUGAAAAGGUGGCUAUCCUUUCACUGUCUUGAAAAAGAAUGUGUUUGACCCUUCCCCUUUAAUUAACGGUGAAAGUAGACUAGGCAUCCUCGGACACGCAGGGCGAAAGGUUUCGUUCACGCUGACGACUUUCUCCCAUGAAAAUGCCAUGGUGCCUACAAGGUGCCUCUGAGUCCCCAAGGAUGGUCAAUUAGUAGGUUCCAUUGUCACGGAUCCCUGACUGCUUCAGUGACCAACUAACAAAAAAUAGCAUCCAGUUGAUGAUCAGGCUGUAUCCAUAAUAUAUUGUGACAUUAUAGACACCUAACCCUGUACCAUGAUAACUCGAUCUCUCCCUCUCUCUCUCUGCUUUUACUCAGGCAGGUCAUGUUUACAUUGUUGACUACAAGGAACUCGAGGGAAUCAAACGCAAUGGUGAGGACAACAACUCUAAUUUAUGUUACACUGCAGAACCACUUUGUCUUUUUUACGUGAAAAGCUCAGGGGACCUGGUACCUAUUGCCAUUCAACUUUUCCAAGAACCUUCCGACACUAACCCAAUAUGGACCCCUGAAGAUACACAUUGUGAUUGGAUGCUGGCAAAAAUGUGGUUUCGCAACGCUGACCAUCAAGUACAUCAGGUCAGUAAUAGAAAAGUGAGGAUAUAUGAGUAACAUGCCAGUCAUAUUGAAACAAACAUUUUCGAAAAUUAUCAUUGAAUGUUUGGUGUAUUAUAUUAAAAUGUGUUAUUAAGAGAGUUUGGCUAUUUCACUUGUAUAUAUUGUGACCAAAUAGUUUCCCGAACGAAGAAAAAAAAACAAGGCAAACAAGGCAGGUAUAAUUUUGCUAGCAUGGCUAUUUACUGUCAUACAUUGAAUCGAGAGAUCAUUAAGCCUUCCAAAUCAUUCCUUAUGCAGAUGCUGCUUUAUCCCCAUAAAUAAUAGAGCAUACUGAUAGGUUGUAAGUUUUGCAUAUUUUCUUUUUUUUUUUUUACAGAUGGGAACUCAUUUAACGAGAACCCAUUUGCUGAUGGAGGCGUUUGCUGUUGCGUCUUGGCGCCAGUUGCCCUCGAUCCACCCAAUAUUCCAGCUUUUGUUUCCCCACCUUCGUUCAGUUAUGGCAAUCAACACCAUCGGAAGAAAUGAACUGGUUGCAGAGGGAGGCAUUGUUGACAAAACUCUCAGCCUUGGGGGCGGAGGUCAUAUUCAGCUCCUAGAAAAGACUUACAGGAAUUUUAAGUUUGAGAUGCUUUCUUUACCUGACAUGUUAAAGAAAAGAGGUGUGGACGAUGCUGAAAAGUUGCCUAACUAUUUCUACAGGUUAGCUUCAGGUUGAUUUAAAAUGUGAUUAUGCGAUUAUUUUUAUGGAUGUGUAACAAUUUGUAACGUUUGUCAUGAAGAGGAAAUUAAAAAAUCAAAGGCUGUGUUACUAAAGACCUCAGGGCUAUUUUGGUGUAAUUUUGGGAAGAAUUUACGGGCAACAACAACAACAACACUGCCAACAACAACAAACAGUCUGCAAGGCUUUGUGUUGCCAGAGAGAUAUUCACCUUGUAAAGUUUCGUUUAUAUGUUGCACAAAUUAAAAAAAGUACACUCAAUACAUGCUUCAAGUUCAAUCUCUAAUGAAUACUUAUGAAAAUCACCUUGUCGUUGAUGUCCAAAGCUACCAACGUUGUUUUAGUAGACAAUCGUAUUGCAAUGAUUAAAGGAAAUUUUCAAGUAAAUUUUCAACAUUUGCUUAGAUAAUGGUACCCUGGGUGCCAGAGACUUUUCUAGCGCGGUUUCCGGUUUCUGUCAAGUCUUUAUAGUGACCCGCGCGGCCAACACCGAAGAUUCUCACCACACGCGAGAAAACCCUCUGGUACCCAGGGUAAGAUAAUGGAUAGAGAUACAUUAAUUUCGAGCUGCAUAUAAAUACCCAAGCAGACAGCUGUGGGCAAUACCCAAUAAAACGCCUUUUAGUGUCUUUUGCCUUUUUCACGUCUGUGCUAAUUUGAUUCUCCUGGCUGUACCUUAUCAAUUCCUUAUAGGGAUGACAGACUUCUUAUGUGGAAAGCCAUCUCUGAUUUCAUAGAGGAAUUUGUCACCAUUUUCUAUCAGUCAGAUGAAGAUGUUUCCAGGGAUAACGAGCUGCGGGCCUGGUUGGUUGACAUCCACGAAAAUGGUUUCCCUGUGAGAGAAGGUGACGUUGAUCACGAGUUUCCCAUGAGCCUGCAGACACGUGAUCAGCUUGUUCACUUGCUGACCUGUAUAGUAUUCGGGUGCUCAUGUCAACAUGCAGCUGUGAACUUUCCUCAGAUGGAAAUCACAGCGUUUGUUCCAAAUGUGCCGCCUGUGAUGCGCCUUCCACCACCCACGAGGAAAAACCAGGCUACCAUGAAGACCAUUAUGGAUACACUGCCUAAUAAGUGCCAGUCAGGUUGGCAUAUUGCAACCGUAUAUACUCUGACGAGACUAGCGGAAAACGAGGUAAAAUAACAUUGAAAGUGUAGUAGUAUAUAGGGACCAAAUAAGCUGUUUUCGGGAAAGGGACUUUAUAACAGAAGGCUAAAGGUCGAAUAUUACAUCUCUUCAUCAUAACUCAUUGAUUUCAUGUUCUAUUUUUGUAUCGUGGUUAGUAUAAUCGGUAUAACUGCAUGGUUCGAUAGGUUAUGCGAUAUUUUAAGAUGGAUGGCAUAUAACAUCACUCGCACAUCUCCCAUUAUGCACCUUAAUUUGCUCCCCCAAAUUUUGCAUAACCUUUGUUUUGGAUUUCCCCUUGGUAUUCAAGCCGUCCCAAGAGAAAUUGAAAACAAUGCUUAUGCAAAAUUGAAGGGAGGGGGACAAAUAAGGUGCAUUAUGGAAGAUGUGCAAGUGGCGUAUUAUGGAGAUUAUGAUUGGCUAAAUAACUUUUAAAAGUGCUCAUUUGUUGAUGUAUUUUGAAAAGUUGACGUCAACGAAGCUGUACCGUGGACAAUAAAUGCAACUGGAAGAAAACACGUUAAAUUAUGCUGCGGUUCAGUGAUUGCCAAUGCAUUCUUGAUAAUUGUAGUUUCUUUCUCUUUGCCGGCAGCGUUUCAUUGGAGAUUACUCCCAAAGCCCUUUAACAGGAAGAGAAGUGGAAGGUGCUAUCGCUCGUUUCCAGUCUUCUCUCCAGAGGAUUUCUGACGCAAUCAAGGAACGCAAUGCAUUAGUGGAAUUUCCUUACACUUACUUGUUACCGGAGAGAGUUCCCAACAGUAUCGCGAUUUGA